CAAGAGGAGAGUGCCUGUAUAUAAUCUGCAAAGCUCAGCAGUGCACUCUAGAAGGAGCUCAAGUUUAGGCAUACAUCACUUUGGUGAGUAACAGCAAGACCGAGCCAGCAAGAUGUGCAAAGGGUUGGCUGCAUUACCGGCAACAUGCCUCGAAAGGGCCAAAGGAAUAAAAACAAAGUUAGGAAUCCUGCUGCAGAAGCCGGAAAUCAUCACUGACUACAUCAUCCCGUAUUCUGAUAAAGUGGACAAGCCAGCUAAGCCUCCAAGACCAUCCCAAAUUGAAGUGCUGCAGUGGCGUGAAUCUCUGGAGAAGCUUCUGAUGAACAGCUAUGGUCUGGCUGCCUUCAAAGCCUUCCUCCAAUCAGAGCACAGUGAGGAGAACAUUGAGUUCUGGAUGGCCUGUGAAGACUACAAGGCAACCAAGUCACCUAUCAAGCUGGCCUCUAAAGCAAAGAAGAUCUUUGAAGACUUCAUUGAGAAGGAAGCUCCUCAAGAGAUCAACGUUGACCACUACACUAAAGAAGUUACCAUGAAGAACCUAGCCGAACCUACCACAUCAACCUUUGAGCUGGCACAGAAGAGAGUUCUGUCUUUGAUGGAGAAGGAUUCAUUCAGCAGAUUCCUGAAAUCUGAAGUUUAUCUGGAGCUGAUAAAGUAGCUGUGCACCUGGUCUAUGCAAAGCGUGGGUGGAGAGGGACUUUCGAGGUCCCUGCAACCCCACCCAGUAAAGGAAUAAGCCCUCACCGCUGGUAGCUAAAUGGAACUAUCAUUCCCGGCAUUAUUUUUCCUCAAAGCUCUGGGCACUAAAAUGACAUCACGUAUAUCUUGCACCUGUCUUUGCGUAGCCCCAAAAUAAACACACACCAAAUAUGGCCUAGUGUUUGUACCUUCAAUGCUGCACUCGUCUUUCGUGUGUGUGUGUGUUUUUUUUCCGUCCUUCCUUAUUUCUGCUAUUUGAUUAUACCAAGUGAUAAAUAAUCAUGUGGCUUCAAACGAAUUCUUGAGCAAAUCAAAUCAUUCCUUUAGGAUUCUUAUCACAAUCAUUUCAAGGAUCCAGCAAAAUGCUUUGAAAAUGAGAUUACAGGCAUCUGAGACCUACAGAUUAAGCAACCUCUUAUCCUUUCUAUAUCAGAAAAGUGUAACCCUACUUUCACAGUUGCAGAGCAUCAUUCAUUGGAGCCAUCCAAAUCACCAAACAAUUCUACAUUUACUAAUGAAGCAUGCUAGAAAAAUUAUAUGAAUUCCUCAAACAUAUGAUAUUUAAAAAUGCAACAAGGAUGCUGAUGGCUUGUAAUAAGCAAUUAUGUAGUGGGCAUUCUGUGUAAACAGAUGACAGAUUUGUGCUUAACCGGACUCCAGUUGUCCCUAACCAUCUCAUUAGUAAUGUAUUGAGGGCCAUAGGUGUGGAUACUCUAUCUAAACUGUAUGCCACAUCAUAAAGUGAGACAACAUGUCCACAAGUUCAGACAAUCACACGUUCAGUCUCACUAUACUAUCUUACUGCUACUUACAUGAUUAACUUCAUCUCCCAAUUUACCUGAGAAGUAAACCCCAUAAGCUGUGAGGUAUAUUUCUAAAAUUCCACAAUGGUGAACUGUAUUUCAGAGGCGACAGAGUUGUGUUUCACUGGCAUGAGGAAGUGAUGAAAAGGCUUUGAUUACUUAGUGGGGUUUGAGUUAGAUAUUUUUUGAAGGAAAAGCAAUGGUAAAAGAACACACACUUCACUACUGAUUAUUUCAACCAAUUAAUUCAAUUGAUCACAAGGCUCCAAUAAAU